AUGUUGACGAAAAAAAAGGACACAAAUGUGAAGGAACAGUUAAAAACCAAGACUAACGGAAUGAAUUACAAAAAUUGGGGGAAAAAUCCCAAAGCAGAAGUAGUAGAUAAAGAGGAAGAUUUCAAACACCUAGAAGAAAAGGAACAUGAAAUACAAAAAAUAUCCAGAAGAAUUUACGAAGAAAAUAGUAAAAUAAAAAAAAUCAAUUUACAUCAUAAAAUAAUUAAGGAAGAAUUUGAAAAGAAAAAAUUAAUCGAUCAAAGUGAUAAAAAAAAAAAAAACACUCCUGAUUAUUACAAAAAAAUUACAACAAAAUUACAGAACAACAUAAAUAAUGUUGAAGAAUACAUUAACAACAUUACAAAUGAUAUAAACAUUUUAAAAAGCUCCAUAGAUGACGAAAGAAAUGAGAGAAUUAUCUACAACAAUAACAUGAAAAUUCUGGUUAAUGAGUACAAUACUUUAAAAAAGAACAUCAGUAAUUUAGUUACACAGGAAAAGGAACAAAACUCGCAAAAUGAAAAACUAAAAGUGGAGCUGAAUGAACUCAUUAAAGAAAAAGACAGCCUGGAGAAAAAACACAGAGAAGAUUUCAAAAUGCUGCAGCAAAAAUUGAAGGAACAAAAAAUAUUAUCGUCUGAACAGAAAAUACAUGAACUAAUCAAAAAGAAGUACAACUGCAAGGAAAGGAGAAAUAACAAAGCGGCAGAGGGGUCCGAGGACGAGUUGGAGCGAAGAAACGAAAGACAUGCUACCUCCUCGGCCGCCAGCAACGAUAAUAACAGUAGAAAUCUCUCUGGGGAAGGAAAUCACACAAAUGAAAACUACUACCUCCUGGAAGAAGCAGACUACGAAGAUGAAAAGAAAAAAAAACUAAAUGCAAAAAUAAUUCUCCUAAAAAAACUAUGCCUGAGAAUCCUAUUCAUUAACGAAUAUCAAAAACAAAAUAUUAAAAAGUUAGAAGAAAACAUUGAAAAUAUGAACAAGGCAAUCAAUUCUAUAAGCAUUUUGACAUCCAAAAAAGGAGACUUUGAUCACAUCAUAAUAAAUUUAAAUGCGUCCAAGGAAAAAAACUACAGUCUUAUUUCGAGAAUUAACCUCCUAAAUUACGAAACGAAUGUUUUAACCAAGUUGAAUAAAAAAAUGAAAGAGAAAUUUAAAAAUAUCAACCUCCAAAAUGACGAAAUGGUUAAUUUAAAGAAAGAAAUUACAAACAAAAUGAACGACAAAAUGACUCAUAUUAAGACAUCCCUACUGAAUAAUCAAGAAACAUGCAAGUUAAAAAAAAAAUGCUUCCACGAUUGUGUCAUGUACUUGAAAUGCCUAUAUGAUUUUAUCAAACAAUUUGAAAAUAUGAACAACAAAUUAAAUCUAAGGACACAAAUUAUAAAUAAAGAAAAAAACUUCCAUUUUAAUUACAUCCACAAGUACAAUGAAGAAAUUCUGGUCGAUGAAAAUCACCUAAAUGACUUUUUAAUAUUUAUUGAAAAAUAUAUUUACGCUCUUAACUUUUACCUUCCUUCACCUACAUUCAAUUACAAAAACUUUAUCAUUGAAAAUCCCAAUGUUAGUGUUCUCGGUUCUGCCUUAUCGGCUCAUUCUAUAGAUUCUGCCUCGAACGAAAACGCUCAGUGUAGCACACUCAACUGUGUCACCUCCGAAAAUGAAUUCGGCGCGUCUGAAGGAAUUUCUCCAGGGGAAGACGGAAAUUUGGUGAAUGAGCCCGUAAAUAAUGCGCCGGUGAAUGUGGAUACACCCAGUGGUGGCGACACAUUCAAAGGGAAUGAUUCCCUGGAUGACACAAGACAGGGAGACAAUCAGAUCGCAAGCAUUCCCGCACAAGGGCACCAAGCGGAGGCGCAGCACAUAGAGGGACACGACCAAAAUUUUGCACCCAAUGAAGUGGAAAACGACCCAAGUGAAGCACACCAAAAGGAGGAAGAACAGAAAAACGAACUUAAAAAAGAGAACGAACUAAGCGACAACCAAAUUGACCAGCACGCUGAGGCGAAUAGCCAGAUGGGCAACCUAAUUCCAGAAGUAGAAAAAGAAGAUCAUAAGUUACAAGAUCAGCAGCAGAAGGGGGAAGAGGGAGGAAAAGAAGAGGAAGAAAAAAAUGCCAUAGAGGGAAAGCAACCAAAGGAGGGGGAACCUCAAAGCGAAACAGAACCAAGUGAUAACGUGGCAGGUGGAAAUGGACAUGGUAAUGAUUUACCAAAUCGGGAGAAUGAAGGUGACGCGUCGGAAGGGGCACCAAAGGAGGAAAGUUCACCUGGCGAGCAAAUGCAGGAUGAAAGUACGCCUAACGAAGAAGUGAAGGUAUCAGAUGAGGAAGAGGCGAUAGUGUCUGGUGUGGACGAGGUGAACGUGGCAGAUGAGGAACAGGCGAUCGUGGCAGAUGAGGAAGAGGAGAUCGUGCCAGGUGAAGAACAAAGCAACGAGACCAAAGGAGAGCAGGAACCUUCACCAAAUGAGGAGCAAGUUAACGCACCAGGGGAAGAACCGAUAAACGCACCGACAGAUACGCAGCAAAGUUUACCGAACGAAGAACCGCUGAACGCACCAAGCGAAGCGCAGACAACCCCCGUCACCCCAGAUAUAGAGGGAGAAAACCAAAACUACAAUUUAAAUCAUUUUAAUUCGCGCAGCAUCGAAUACGAUAAGCUAAAAGAAGAAAUUCCCACCGAAUUAUUAAUGAAAAAAUAUGACUCUAAGAAAAACUCAACGGCUGCAAAUUAG